AUGGCAACAACAAUCAUGAUAGUGAUGACGAGAAAGUAUACCGGUCACAUGGCGCCCACUUACCUCGAAAACCUCGCUGCCUUCACCACCUUCCUCGCCGCCUACACCCACACGCUCCUCUACCUGCGCACCCUCUAUCCCCGCACCUCCUUCGUUCAGACGCGCUUCCACAACACCUCCGUCUACCAAUCGCGCCAUCCCUCUGUCUGCGAGUGGAUACGCGACGCCAUUACCGCCGUACGUGAGGAGCUCCUCCAAGGCACCGUCGCUCGUAUAGCCAUUGUCAUCUUCAGCUAUGGCGGUCACGGAAACAAGACGGGCAGCGCCAAGAUCAUGGAGCGCUACCUGUUUGAUGUAGGCAGUUUCCCUGUCGUGGACAAGAACGAGCGCAACAUGGAGAUUGAGUGGGGCUAUCCCUCUUCCGACGCCGACCAUUCACCGAACGAGGAAGGCGAGAGUGCGAGACCGACGAGGAAAGAGAAACUCCUGGACGCAGACACCCAUGUCGAUCUGUCCGAGCAGUUUCGUGCUGCUCUGCUGAGCCUCACUACGAGGACGGCGCAGCUUGCACCUCUGCCCUCGCAUUGCUCCUUUAACAUCAGCAUGGAACUCAAAGACGAGACUCACAUUGAUCCUCCGAUUGGACAUCCUCAGGCUUGGAUACCAGUGCAACCGAGUUUGCAAAAGACCGGACGGAAAGCAGCCAGCCGUGAUCCCAACGACGACGAGGUGAUCGAGCGGCGCAAGCGGGGUGGUGAACCCGAAGGAAGUGACCUUGGAGGUGUCAAGGUUACGCCUAUACGAAGCGUCGAAGCAGGCGUCUUCAGGUUCGAGACAUGGGUGGAGGAAGGGAAAGCAAAAUUCGAAGGGCAAGGCGACGACAGUACAAAGACAAGUUUCGCGAGCCCAAGUUUUUGA